UUUCCAGCGGCAUUACAAUAAUGCGGAAGGAAAGCUACUGCUGUGGAUCAGUAAUCUUUUAUGUCAUCACCAGAGGAUCUGCGAGCCAAGAUCUCGAAACUUUCUGCAGCAAUUGAGCAGCACAAGCAGACAACCUUCUAUUCUCCAUCGAGGGGAAGAGGAAGAGCCCAGCCAGUGUGGCAGCCGAGAGGAAGGGGUCGAGGAAGAGGCACCUUAGCACCGACCUUUGGGAACAAAAAGUUAAUAUUGAAUCAGCCUGGAUCCGCACCCUCAACCUCUACGGCCAAGAGCAACACUACUCCAGCCAUCUUACAAACACCAAAAAACCAUACAUCGACGCUGUCACAUAGCGAACCUGUGAACUCAAGCUCAAGACAAAAUCGAACUGUAGUGAUCAACGGCGUAACGUUUGUGACAGACGCUUCAGGGAAGAAGCUCACCAGACAAGACCUUAUACCAAGUUCCACAGCAAGCAGUCUCAUGGCUAAAUUACAAACAACAAAGCCAUCUCUGACAACGACGCCAGUAUAUACCCCCCAGAAAGCGGAAAUUGAAGGUGUUGAAUAUGUUAGAACAAAAGGUGGCAAUUUGGUUCGUGCUGAACUAGUGAAAGAUCGCUUGAUACAAAAAGCGAAGCUACGAGAAGCAAAGGCUGCAAGUCAACGGGAGCAAGCUGAAGCUGCGAAACUGCUACGACAAGAAGAUAGAAAGAAAAAUAAGAAGAUAUCAAGAAGUAAAGGUGGCCACAUGGUGUAUGUGAAAGAACCGGAAGGCUAUGUGAGACAAGGUAGACAUGGCAAAUCGCUCGUAUUAAAUGGUAAUCAGAAAGACAAGUCAAAAAUGUAUUGUGGAUAUUUCACCCGCUACGGCAAAUGUAAGAAUGGCAAGAAAUGCCCUUUCAAGCACGAUCGAUCCCAUCGAGCCAUAUGUCCCAAAUACCUUCAACACAAAUGCCCACAACCUGCACAUCUAUGUUUGUUAUCGCACUUCCCCAUUCCGGAGAUUAUGCCCCAUUGUUCACACUUCCAGAGAGGCAAGUGCGAUCGUGUCAAUUGUCCAUAUCCCCAUGUUCGUGUCAGCCCUCAGGCUCCAGUGUGCAAAGCGUUCGCUUUAGAAGGAUAUUGUGCCAAAGGCGAGAACUGCAAAAACAAGCAUAUCCAUGUUUGCCCUGAUUUUGCCGAGACUGGUAAAUGUGAAAAUGCGACUUGCAAGCUUCCGCAUGUUGCCCUCAAGAAGAAACAAGCUCAAAAGGCAACGACUCAAGUCAGACAAUGGGUCAAUCCACAACUUAUCCAUGCUGGAUCUAAGCGUGAACACGACGGUGGUCCAGAUGAGCAUAUGAGUAAGAAACCCCGUGCCAUUGUGAAUACUCUUGAUACCAAGGAGGAAGACGGCUUCCUAAAGUUCGAUGACGAUGAUGAAGGCUGGAGCGCUUUUAAAAUGAAAGAUGAAGACAUCAAUAUCGACGACCAGCUGUCGCUGCAUUUCAGCGACCACGAAGGAUGUGUCUUCAGACGACUUUUCAAGCGACGAGGAACAACACGAUGAGGCAGUGGGAGGUAAUUUGGCAAUUUGAAGUAUAGACAGUAACAAUUAUAUCGCUCAUUAUACCUGGGCUCGAAGACUCCUUUUAGCCGAUACAGAUGUCAGCUUUUUGUUCGUAUAUUGCAGCCCUUAUUUUAUUGAUGACAUUGUAAAUAAAACAAACACUUUUUCACAACAUA